UGUCAAUAAAACUCAUAAAUGGUACUGCUAAGGUCCAGUUGUUUUGUGUUGUACUUGUAGCCCUCAUUGUCCUGAAAAGGAAAUGGUAAAACACUUAAUUGUGAGGCUAAAUAUAGUCUGGAAAUGCAGAUAAAUGAGUCAGAUUUUUUUUACUGGGAUCUCGGGACUGAUGGGGUUAAAUACUCAGGGCUGCAGCAUUGUUACUAUGGUGAUUUCAGUGUCUCCAACCCGCCCCACACAGCUUGUCAUUGCUUCAACUGCACCGGCGCUGUUGCUGAUUCACGGCUCGCUGUUUCAUCCAGAGCGUCUAGUCACGGUAUUUAAUUCAUUGUCGACUCAACAGCGCUCGUGAGUGCAGUAGUCGUAAUCUUUAACAAACGCUGGAGAACUUUUAAUAAGCUAAACGCCUCAAGAACAAAGAAUAUAUUCAUCAUGUCUGCAGUGUCGCGACGUAACUCAAUUGUAUCGGUCCCUAUCAAGAAUAUUGAGCGGGAGCUCAUUUGUCCGAUUUGUAAGGAGCUGUUUACGCACCCCCUCAUCUUGCCCUGUCAGCACAGUGUUUGUCACAAGUGUGUGCGAGAGCUGCUACUGUUGAACCAUGAGGAUUCCUUCGAUGCUGGGUCUGAAUGUUCCCUCCCUGGGAGCCCAGGACCCCGAUCCAGAGUGCCCUCGCCAAGCAUGGAGAGGCUGGAUAGGCUUGCAAGAUCAGCCACACUGCAGAGAAGGUCGUUUGGGAGGAGAGGUAGACGCGGGUUCCAUUUUUUGAAUAGCUGUAGUAGCUCCAUCUCCUCACCAGGAUGGAGACGUGGCUCUGUGACCCCCCGCGUUACCACUUUCCCGUGCCCAGGCUGCCAACACGAUGUGGACCUGGGUGAGCGGGGCAUGAGCAUGCUCUUCCGGAACUUCACCCUGGAGAGCAUCGUGGAGCGCUACCGGCAGGCAGCCCGCGCCGCCGUUGCUAUCAUGUGCAACAUGUGCAAGCCGCCCCAGCAAGAGGCCACCAAGAGCUGCAUGGACUGCAAGGCCAGCUACUGCAAUGAGUGCUUCAAGUUCCACCAUCCAUGGGGCACCCCCAAAGCCCAGCACGAGUAUGUGGGGCCCACCAUGAACUUUAGGCCCAAGGUGCUGAUGUGUCCAGAGCAUGAGAUGGAGAAGGUCAACAUGUACUGCGAGGUGUGCCGCCGUCCAGUCUGUCACCUGUGCAAGCUGGGAGGCUCCCACGCCAACCACAAAGUCACAUCCAUGAGCAGCGCCUACAAGAUCCUCAAGGAGAAGUUAUCAAAGAGUAUCCAUUACUUAAUCAGCAAAGAGGACCAAGUGAGGACUCAGAUUUCCCACCUGGAGGUGUUGAUCAAUGAAACUGAGGAGAAUGGCCAGGUGGCGGAGUGUGGGGCCUAUGAGCACUUUGAGCGGCUGUUCCAGACCCUCCAGGAGAGGAAGUCUGAGAUGCUGAACUCCAUCGAGCAGUCGAGGACGCGGCGUCUGGAGCAGCUCAGGGGCCAGGUGGAGGAGUACCAGGGCAUGCUGGAGAAUAGUGGCCUCGUGGGCUACGCCCAGGAGGUCCUCAAGGAGACAGACCAAUCCUGCUUCGUUCAGACGGCCAAGCAGCUGCACACCAGAAUUGCAAAAUCCACCGAGUCUCUGAGGACGUUCCACCCCGCGGCUGACCCCUCCUUUGAUGAGUUUGUGCUGGAAACUUCCAGAGAGGAGACUAUGCUGAAGGAGCUAUGUUUUGGGGGAGUCCCAGAGCCUCCCAUCAUUGAUCUGUCCCGUAGUCACGUCUACAACGAGGGCUUGUUGUGCUGGCAGCUGGCUGAGGAUACCCUGGCCACAGACCACCAGGUGCUGGAGUACAGGAGGCUGGGCGCGGAGCAGGACGGCGACAGCCGCUGGCGCCUCACAGACAGGGUGUACGGCCCUAGCACAGUGGUGUGUGAUCUGGAGGCCGACAGCCUCUACUCGUUCCGAGUCCGCAGCUGCCGCAACUCCCUCUACAGCCCCUACAGCCCAGAGGUCACCUUCCACACACCACCUGCCCCAGCAUUUGGCUUCCUAUUCAACGACAAUUGCGGCUUCAGCUCGGAGCGGCUGGCGUUGAGCAGGCGCCGUGACUCUGUGGAGAGCAUGGCCGGCAUGGCCUUCCUGCUGGCUGCUGAGCGUGUGCAGACAGGCAGUUACAUGGGCCUGGACUACAUCAUCGGUGACACGGGCAUCUCUCAGGGCAGACACUACUGGGCCUUCCGCGUGGAACCCCACUCCUACCUGGUCAAGGUGGGCGUGGCCUCUGAUUCCAAACUGCUGGAGUGGUUCCACAACCCCCGAGACACUAGUAGCCCCAGGUACGACCACGACAGUGGACACGACAGUGGCAGCGAGGACACGUGCUAUGAUCUGUCCCAGCCCUUUACUCUGCUCACUGUGGGGAUGGGCAAAAUGUUCCUCCCCAAAGCCUCCAUCUCUGCCGGCAGUGACCACGGUGACCACAGCAACCGGGUGCUGCCUAUGCCACAGCGUAUCGGCGUGUGCCUAGACUACGAUGCGGGCCGGGUCUACUUCUAUGAUGCAGACACCAUGAGGUGCCUUUACGAGCGGCAGGUGGACUGCUCCGGUACCAUGUAUCCUGCCUUUGGCCUCAUGGGGAGUGGCAAGGUUCAUCUAGAGGAGUUCAUCACAGCAAAGCGGCUGUCGUAUAUGUGAGAUGCUGGGCCUUCCACACACACGGGUCUCUCCCGCUCAACACUUGCCUUUGCGUUCAUGUUGGUCUCUGCUUUCAGUCAGGUAUGUUUGUAAUGAUUUUGUUUUUGUCUGCAGUAUUUCAGCUGACUAUUAUUAAUCCAGGUCUUUGUUUUUUUUAAUGAACACCUAUUUAUGUAUCACUACUAAGUCCAGUAAAACGUAGCCAAGAGAAACCUGAAGAGCCUUGCAGCUACGUCUAUGCCUCUGUGCCUUUCACAAUAAAUAGAUAAUCUAACAAAUGAUAUGAUUUGUUUAACCGUGCACAACAGCAAGGCAAGUCAUCACUUACAAGGGUGGGUGAGUGUGUGUAGGUCACAAGGACCCCCUCGGUUGAGAAACAUCCCUACCAAAAAUGUGUAAUACAAAUCAUACCUAAUCAAUGUCCUUAGUCAAGACCAGUCAAGAUCUGUCAACACCAGUUUGUUACACUGCAUUUGAUUUGACACAUGCUCAAAUAAUUGGCUCUUUUUAUUUUUAGACUAGCACACUUUCUUGCACUUAAUGUCACUACCUAACCACUCUGAACACUAUUUCAAUGCAGAACACAUUUAUCUGAAUCGUAACACUAAACAUCCACGUUCAGGGUGUUAUUCUAACGAGGUCUGUGUGUGCUACUCAGACGUAAAUCGUGCUUUGCUGUCAGUGGGAGACUUGUUGUCACGUGCGGAUCUCGACUUAAAAUUACACUCACGGAGAUUAAAUUAUCACGUUAAUGAAUUUACCUUGCACUGCUGCCUCGGAUGCAGUUGUUCAAUAGCAGUGAAUGUUUUCUGUUUAGCACUGGGAAUUCUGUUUUGCACUGGGAAUGUGAAACUUCAAACACUACAGGUUCUCACUACACAAACUGUCCCACGGAACUCUACUACGAUGAGACUUCUUCCUGACACAUGUCAUGUUAGUGUACAGAACGUUGACGAUUGGCUCUUGAGUAUCAGCUAGGACAACAAGGUUUUAGGGCAUACCAUGGGUCUGUUCAGCCGAGUGCAGCGUUUCACAGAAAUAUAUUGUGUAAACUGAUCAGAUGCUUUGUCCUCUAGAAAAGGGAGUAAUUUUGUCUCUAUACAUUUUCUAUUUCUGAAUGGUUACCCCUGCUGAACAGUGCCCCGGUCCCCUCUGGCUUCCUUACAUGGGUUUUUGGACAAUAUUUGUACAUAUGUUUUGUUUUCUUGAGGGUUAGGAUAAUCUGUUUUUCUCAGGUUUGUGGCCUAUCAGCCCUGGAAAACUAUACCUUUCUCCUCAACAGAAUUGUGCUUUUCUUUGCGGCUUCCAUAAAUGCAUUAGUAAUUUACUGUACCCUAAUCUCAGCCUUUUAAGAUUGUUCAUAUAUCCAAUAAUAAACUGAAAUUAACUAUUUUAAAUGUUUACAUUAAUGUACAUAUCUAGUGGCAUUAUUUUUUGGGAGAUAAAAUAAGUCAUAGAUCUGCAAUUUGUUUUCUUUGAGUUUGUAUGUGCUGUAAAGUUUCUCAGCCUUAUCAAACUUGAGCAAUUUGGGAAAUUGGUGGAAAAUUGUAGUUGGAACUAGAUCAUGUCUGACUGAAUUUGUCAAGGGAGCAUUUUAAAUCUGGACGCCUCCUUUUCUGUGUUGUGAUGUUUUAGGUCCAUUUGAGUGUUGCGUAUCCUAGAAUUUGCUGCGUUAAUUGUUUUGCUUAUCUGAAUCAUGUACAUUUAUUUUGAGGAACAAUAAUCUGUAGUCUUAAUUUUAAAUCCUAGCUGCUUCAGAAUUGGUGCGCAUAAUUCUCUACCAUUCCUUUUAGAACACAACACUUCUACCUGUUCCUUUUUUAAAUGACUGUUAACACCUUUUAAAAAGUCUAUGCACUUAAUUAACAGGUUCGGGAUUGUGUUUAUCACAGAAUGUAUUAUUUACAGAACAAAUUGAAUGUCUCGUAGGUGCGUUUUUGUUAAUUUGCUUAUCUUGGGUCAAGUCACUAGUGGCCACAGGAGUUGUCUUUCACGGUAGAUAUUUGCUAUUGUGCUCGUCUUAUUCUAGCUACUGUACAUAUCCACUGCUGAUUGUAGAAAAAGGGAAUCCUAUGGUUUUCAGUAGUAAGUUAAACCAAAUGUUCUGCAGACACUCAGUCUAAUGGUUCAAGCUAGCACUUUAAACGGUAGCAUGUAUGCCUCGGCUGUGCAGGUCUGUGAAUUGUUGUGCAAUAUUACGUACACUGCAGGGAAUAGACCUGUUGUAUUCUCCUAUUGUAAGUAAUGGGAUAUGUGAUGUUCGCUUUCUGUGAGUGAUGCUUUGAUGUACAUUAAGCGUUAUCUGUCAUCAUUCUUAACGUAGUAUUUUAUUUGCUGUUUGGGAAUUUGUAUGAAAUAAACAAUUAAACCAA